AGAGGGGGAGCACUUGAGUCGCAGACAUUGGCCCACUCGCCCACUGAAAAUUCCUUGUUGUGGUGAUAGCCGGUCACUUUCACUUGGCUGGUGGACAGACCUUGCAGAAAUGUCGAAUAACAGCGCAAACAGCAGCAACUUGGUCAUCGCACAGAAAGCGGUAAAACAACUGAGGCUUGAGGCGAGUGUUCGCAGGAUCAAGGUGUCACAGGCAGCAUCGGACCUGAAGACAUUCUGCCUGCAGAACGCCCAUAAAGACCCUCUUCUCAUGGGUGUGCCCUCCAGUGAUAACCCCUUCCGACCCCCCAAAUCAUGUGCCCUCUUCUGAGGUGAUGGUAAUAAUGGAGGAACAGAAAACACUUCUAAACAUUCCUAAAGGAUGCCUUGCCUUUCUACCAGUCCCUCGGCAUCCCCUACACCCUUCUCCAGAAAGUGCAGAAGACCUUAAGAACAUACCAGACAUACACACACACACAAACACACAAGGAUUAGUCAAUCUCCCUGUGGUCCCUAUUUUCGACUUCCUUUACUCUAUGUGAAAUUCGCCUGUAAAAAGGUUUAACACUGUGUUAAUAGUGAGUCUUUUAAAGUGGUUGAUCAAGUGACACUGGUGCUCUGUUUGUUGCAAACACAAUGCAUGUUUCACGCAAACCCGUCCAAACACUGUCACCUUGAUUUUUGUCAGGAUGAAAUUGUGAAGUAUUUAAUAGUGCCAUAUGAUUUUAUGCUAUACAGUGUGAUUGCAUGAGCGUCUCGAGAACUGAGCCCUUUCACUGAAACACUUGAGUUCACUAUAAAGAUCCUCAUUUGACAGUUAUUAAACCACUGUAAAUUAGAUUUAAAAGCAACAUGUAUUGAUCUUAGAGGUUUAAAUGUGCAUUUUGGGUGUUGGCAUGUAUCAGAGAUCUUAAACUCAGGUAAAGCAAAAUAUCUGUUUCAAUGCUGGUUUCGUGGGGUUGCUUAAACAAAAACAGAAUAAUAAUAUCCUAAGAUCAUAAUAAAUAUAUAUAUACGGUUUCUGUUACUGUAAUGACACUAUAGACACUGGCAUAAUUGUAUAAUUGCUGAAGAUCUCUAAACAUGGCUUACCUCAAGACACUCAGUGGCAAGAACCUCUUACUCCACUGGUGUCUCUAAAUUUAGGGAAGCAAACAUUUAAAAUUCUUUGUAAUUUAGGGUUUUCUACCCCAACUCCUUUGCCCUUUACGUUUUGUGUACUGUAUCAAACUAUUGUGCCUUAGUAUGUGCCAAACCUAUGUAGUGUAAAUGCUAGAAUUAAACACCAAACCAGUUGAGGCCUAAAACUGCAUCUAUGUUCCCACUUCAUUAUUCAGAAACACUACACCAGAGAAUUAAUCUGUGCUGUCUUCAUAUUGACAUGUUAAGUAUUGCUCAGAAUUGGAGAAUAGCACUUGAAUUUCCCCAAUACCCAGAUCAACAAGGACUGGAUAGAUUGUCACUUGCCUGCCACAUUUUUAUAGCAGUGGCUAUGCUGGAAAGAACAUUUUCACUUCAUUUUUUUUUUUUUA